CGCGUAGACGCGUGAAAAGCCCGCGUCGUCAGAGAGGCUAGGAGCGGCGUCUCUGGUUACGGGGUCGGGCAAAGGGCAGAGGUCAGCGUCCCCGGCUGUACAGCAUCACCUUUUAGCGAUGGCGGCGUCUGGGGAACCCAGGAGGCAGUGGAAGGAGGAGGUGGCGGCGGUGGUAGUGGUGGGCUCCUGCAUGACCGACCUGGUCAGUCUUACUUCUCGUUUGCCAAAAACUGGAGAAACCAUCCAUGGACAUAAGUUUUUUAUUGGCUUUGGAGGGAAGGGUGCCAACCAGUGUACCCAAGCUGCUAGGCUUGGGGCAAAGACAUCUAUGGUGUGCAAGGUUGGCAAAGAUUCUUUUGGCAAUGAUUAUAUAGAAAACUUAAAACAGAAUGAUAUUUCCACAGAAUUUACAUAUCAGACUAAAGAUGCUGCUACAGGAACUGCUUCUAUAAUCGUCAAUAAUGAAGGUCAGAAUAUCAUUGUCAUAGUGGCUGGAGCAAAUUUACUUUUGAAUACCAAAGACCUGAUCCAAGCAGCCAAUGUCAUUAGCAGAGCCAAAGUUAUGAUCUGCCAGCUAGAAAUAACUCCAGAAACUUCUUUGGAAGCCCUGACAAUGGCCCACAGCAAUGGAGUGAAAACAUUAUUCAAUCCAGCUCCCGCCAUUGCUGAUCUGGAUCCCCAGUUCUACACCCUCUCAGAUGUGUUCUGCUGCAAUGAAAGUGAGGCUGAGAUUUUAACUGGCCUCCCAGUGGGCAGCCCUGUGGAUGCUGGGGAGGCUGCAUUAGUGCUCCUGGAAAGGGGCUGCCAGGUUGUAAUCAUCACCUUAGGGGCUGAAGGAUGUGUGAUGCUGUCACAGACAGAACCUGUCCCCAAGCAUGUUCCCACAGAGAAAGUCAAGGCUGUGGAUACCACGGGUGCUGGUGACAGUUUUGUGGGAGCUUUGGCCUUCUACCUGGCUUACUACCCAAAUUUGUCCUUGGAAGAAAUGCUCAAGAGAUCCAAUUUCAUCGCAGCAGUCAGCGUCCAGGCUACAGGAACACAGUCAUCUUAUCCAUACAAAAAAGACCUUCCACUUACUCUGUUUUGACUGCUGUU